AUGCCUAUAACAUCCACGCAGGAGCCGGACUACCACCCUACCAACGAGCUGAUGUUUCCCGGCUGUGGUAGAUUUAGCGUUAAACAUCACGCUGAUUUUCUAAUGAAAAUUCGCGUGACAAAAAUAGAGCUUCUAAUCUCGAUUGGUCACUACAGGUACGAAGCGAAGAUCAGCAACUUGACGGUGAAGGAAAUAAUGAACGAGAUAUCGAAACUCGGCGAGCUGUACGAAUCAUCGUUCGACAUGUCCGACAAUUACGACCAAAUUAUCCAACUGAUAUCGAGGUUUUACAACAACAGUUUCGAUAUCGCCAAAAUAAUGAAACGCCUAACUCCGGAAUGCUCGCGAAUACUCUCGCGGUGUUUCUUCCGCGACCAGCAGAGGAACUGUUCCGACAUAUUUGCCGUUGGAAAAACGGAGAACGGAUUCUGUUGCAUUUUCAAUUAUAUCCUCGAGAUGGAUGAUCCUCCUGAAUCUCCGAGGCAGAGGGAGUCUCGAAUUUAUUUCGUCGGAGCCAUAGGCGUGUAUAAUGGUCUAUCCGUGACAUUGGAUCCCCUUCUGGAUGAUUACUUCUACCCCAUACUAGCCACCCCCGGCUGGAAGGUGAUGGUAUUCGACCCUUACGACUAUCCUGACACGAGCAGUGGCAGCGUUUCGGAGAUCCUCGUCGCUCCUUUAACCGAGAAGUACUUUAGACUGGAAGCUCUCGGGCUGCACAGCUCUGACAACAUUCGACCUUACCCGAUGGAACAACGAGGCUGCAUUUUUCCGGACGAACGCGUUACAGAUUACGCCACCUACACCAACAGCUAUUGCAUAGUCGACUGCAAGCUAAUGCACAUAUGGAACAACUGCAAAUGCAGGCCGUUCUUCUACCCCUACCGGGAAGGUUUCAAGAAGACUUGCAACGUGGAAGACAUAGACUGUUUGAUGAAAUAUUACGGCAAAUCCUACGAUAUUAUACCCUACAAGACCACGAAUUGGUCAAUCUUCGUCGAGGACACGAACGCGAUCAUAAACUGCAAGGAUUGUUACCCGGAUUGCGAUGACAUGAGAUACUAUUUCGAGACUUCGUAUUCUAGAGUACAGUCUGGUGUAACCAACAAGAUGAUGUUUUCAAACAUGACAGUGACGAAUCAUAGCGUUCUACACGUAUAUUUCCAAAAGGUGGGGACAGUGUUCUUGAAGCAAGAUAUAUACGCCUAUUGGUACGAACAAUUAAGCAACGUUGGUGGAUUAUAUGGAUUUUUCGUCGGCUUCAGCAUCAUUAGUCUCAUAGAAAUAAUUUACUUCGUGGGAAACUGCAUGAUCGAAAUUUGCAUGACUCGCGUGAAGAAGCAAGAUGAAAUCCCUCGUACGAAUAUUAUACAGCCUAUUUACUGGAACGAAUUUUUUUCAUAUUCCACGAUUAAUGCAAACCGAGAAAAAUAG